AGCGAUCAUGGGUUCUUCUUCUAGAAAUCUUUAUGUGAAUUGGAGAAGGUCAAUCAACCUCUAGGCCACCACUCUUCGAUGGCACCAACUACACAUAUUGGAAAGAGCGGAUGAGAAUUUAUAUCCGUUCAACCAACUUCUAAUUGUGGUUGGUCAUCAAGAACGGCGAAGAAAUGCCAAUGAAGAAGGUUGGGGAGAAACUCAUCCCAAAGACCGAGGACGAAUUUGAUGCCGAAGACAUCAAAAAGGUGGAGAACUACGCUAAGGCAAUCAAUAUGCUUUACUGCGCGGUCAACCUCGACGACUAUCGCAAGAUCUCUUGCUGCACAACCACCAAAGAAAUGUGGGACAAGCUGGAGGUUACAUACGAAGGUACGGACCAAGUUCUGGAAGCCAAAAUUGACUUCCUCACGCAGGAGUACGAGAUGUUCAUAAUGAAGGAAGGCAAAAAGAUCGAUGACAUAUUCGAUCGAUUCUCGAAGAUCAUCAAUGACCUUCAUGCUCUCAAAAAGACUUACUCCAACAAGGAUCUCGUAAGGAAAAUCCUGCGGAGUCUCACACCCGAAUGGAGAUCAAAGGCCGACGCAAUCUACGAAUCCAUCGGAGUCUCCAACGUCACCAUCGACGGGUUAAAAAGUAACCUCAAAACUUAUGAAUCCACUAUUCUAAACCCGUCGGUUGAUGAACAAAAGAAGAAAGGAAUAGUGCUCGAAGCAAUCAAAGAAACGGUUGAAGAAGUCUCAAGCAAUGAUGACAACGAGUUUGGACUCGUCAUCAAAAAAUUCUACAACUUUAUGCAGAAGGAAUUUGAGUGCAAAGGAAAGAAGCACGACGGUCUCCGAAGUGAUAUGGCUGCGGUGAGAUAGGUCACAUCAAGCCGGGGUGUCCAAGAGGCAAAACGGCAAGGACAAACCCGGCUUCAAAAAGCAAAGAGCGUAUAUCUCUUGGGGUGGCAACUCCGGCGACGAGUCAACCGACCAAGAAGAGAAUGAAGCUGCCAACCUCUG